AGUGGUAGUAGUUCAGCAAGUAAGUCCUAUCAGUAGUUAGAAAUGCAUCAAAUCUCUGAAUGGUUUAGAAAUAGAAUGUGAAUGGCAAGAACGCCAGCACUCUCUUGCUUUUUCUAACUCGUCGAAUAAAGACGGAACCGGCGUCAGCGUAAUAUGUAAGUACACCUACUGAGGAGUACUAAGAAUAGCUACCGAUAGUUUUUCCUAGUAUACGACCAAACUCUACCGUCACAAGAUGGCUUUCUCGGAUUUACAGGGAGUGGCGGAUCUUUACUUCAGCUUGGGUGGUGGGCAGACGCUAAGCAAAGGUAUUUAAUUUAUAGUGGAUUUGAGUUUUUUUUCCAUUUUCCUUGCAAUAGAAACAUCAUGGGCUUCUUUCAUCACGACUGAGAAGAAGAGGCUUAAUAUACUUGUCCAGCGGCAUGCUCUGUGCAAAAGAGCGCUUGGCAUGUUGAUAAUCGAUCGCUUCGAUUAUGUUCCUGGUGCUCCUCCCUGUAGUUGUAAACGUAAACCCCAGCUGCACUCCUGUAGUGGCCCGCCUGGCUCUAAUUUUGCUGCGCAAGCAAAGCGUCACAAAUACUUACAUAGGAAAAAUUGCUUGUAAAAAUUGAAUGUACUUGUAAAAAAAACACAACAUCAGACUCGCCUGUCGUGCCCGGUGCCGCUGGCGCGGCUUUGCCACCAUGGAAAAUUGACCAUUCUGAC